UUUAUCAGCAAAAUAUAUAAAUGGGAUCAGUUGAUUCAAGAUCCAAGUUCGAGCAUGGACAUAUUUAUCUGCAGCCUGAUCAUGCAUAUGCUAUCUCUGGUGAGAACAUGACAGGAAAUAUUUACAUGCAGCUCUCCCAACCUUUCCCAGCAAUGAGCCUUGAUAUUGAAGUUAAGGGCGAAGAGAAAUGUAAAUGGAGGGAAAGAAAGACUAGGAACGAGAGAAGAGGCGACAAAAAUGUCUCUGUGACAUAUUACAUCUAUCACCAUGCUGUCAGAAAUGUUAUUUAUCAGAGAUUUACCUUGUAUAACUUCCCAGAAGGGGUUGCUAAUGCAGGGCAGUACACUUUUCCUUUCAAUAUAGCCAUUCCUUAUGGAUGUCCUUCUAGUGCGUUUUACUCAGGAACUGAAUCUGCUGUUGCUUCUAUCCAAUAUUCAAUUAAGGCAAUUCUUCAGCCACAUCCAUCAACUAGGCUCAGAGAGAUGGCUUUUAAGCAGACCCUGAUUAUGAGAGAGAAGGCUCCUUAUGUUAACGAAAACUUAUCGGCUAACGUCGAAAUGAAGGUUAAAUCCUGCUGCUGAUGUUGCUCAAAAGGUACUGCAUAUCUUGAUACUAAAUUUGAAAAAGAUGCAAUUGCUAGUAAUGAAGUAUGCAGAGCAAUGUGUCAUAUUCGGAAUGGAUGCAGUAUCCCUAUAGACAGAGUCAGAAUUUGUAUCAAGCAAUAUAUAAAGUUAAAUUCUUACUCUGCUGUCUAUAAUAGAAAUAGAAAAGUAGGGGAGAAGAGCUAUGAUGGUAUUGGUCCAAGAGAAGAAACUGAGGGGCACACCAGGUUCCUUGAUAUUUCUUUAGCAGAACUAAAGAGUGAAGUUAAUCAUCAAGUCUUCUCAGAUUUUACUCCUAUAUAUAAUGAAGAAAUGGCUUUAGCUAAUUGUAUUCAACCUACUACUUCAGGAUUGCAUGUGAAUAUUACAUACAAACUUGAAAUAAAGUUGAUGUAUAAUACAUAUUGUGCUACUCUCCCUCAAACAAGUAUCCCACUAUUUAUUCAGGCUCCCGCAUUACAAGAUUUUACCAUGAUACAGGCUCCAGAGGGAUGGAACCCGACAACUUAUGAUGAAGCGAAUUUUGCUCUUCCUGUACCUCCAACAGAGAUGGCUCAAGUUGCUCCAAUGGAAGAUCCUGGCUACAAUACAGGUGGAAUGGGAUUGCCAGGGCCAGGUCCAAUGAAUCCUGGAGGAAUGGGAAUGCAGGGCCAAGCUCCUGGAGGCAUGGGAAUGCCUGGUCAAGCUCAAAACUAUGGAGGGGGUCAGAUGCAAUACAAUCAAGGUUAUGCUCCUCAGACACAGAACCCAGCUGGAAACAUUCCUCCCCCAUCCCAAAUUCCAGCCCAACCCUCUGGAUUCUCUCAACAACAAGUUCAACCCGAACAUCAACCAUUGAUGGGUCCUCAAAAUCAACCAUAAUAGCAUUUCGAUGUUUUCAAUCA